AUGAAGAGCUUACUUGAAUCAUUGUCGAAUAAUUUACCUAAAGGUAACUAUAAACUCUUUCAUAUUCAGUCACAACCAUGCCAAUGUAAACAUUUGUUGAUUUAUCAUAAAAAAAAUGCCCAAAAACCAGCAAUAACCAUAAAGAUCAAACACUUUAUAAGCUUGAUAGAUGAUGAUAAUCUUGUUAUUAUGGGAAUUGAGGUUUACAUUUACUUAACGGUGUUUGACGAUCAGUUAAAGCAUAGUAUAUUCAUUUCAAAAGCAGAUACUACUGGUUUAUCGACUCAGAAAUAUAAAAUAAACCAAUUGAUCGAUGAUAUCUUGCAAUAUUUGAUCCAAUAUGACGUACGGAAUUACUGCCGUAAAAUCAAAUUGAGGUCAUACGAAGCGGUUAAUAGAUCAGGAAGUAAUCCUACAAUUAACAAUUUGAAUCGGAUAAUUGGUAAAUUGAGAGAAGGUACGUCAUAUUAUAAAUCAAUCCCUUAUUACAACGAAGUGGUGAUCCCAUCCACAAGCGACAACUUGGAAACAAUCGUGCCCCCAGAGCGUAUUCAGACUUCUAUAUCGUUAUUUACCAGGGCGUCGGAGCAGUAUCUUUUCCCAAAUUCAUCCAAAAAUGAUAGAAAACACGUAAUUGGCGGCGAUGAUUUAUUAAAUUGGUGGAUAAGGUUGAUCAACAGAACACUUUUAAAUCAAACAAAAGAAAGUAAUUGGAACUGUCGAUUGCAUAUUCCGGGCUCAGACAAAGUUUCGAUAUCUAAAAAGUUGCCUGCUCAUAAUAAUAAUGUUGCAUGGUCAAUUGGCAGCAUAUUUGAUAAAGAUGCAGAGAAGUUGGCAAUUAAUCAGAUCCCUUUAUUUCCUGAUGACCCUAAAGGGCGUUUCUUGGAACAUCUAAUAGUCGAAAACAGAUACAAGUCUACCAAUUUGAAACAGUUUUGGCAAGAACUAGGGUUUAGACAGGAAUUUCGGUUAGGAAAUGUUGUUGGUAUAAUAGGUUGUGAAAGAGAAGUAUUGGUUAUAGAUCCAGUUGAGACUACACAUGACGUAUGCGUCUUGCCGUUGGGUCAAUAUAAGAAGAUAUUGAAUAGCAUAAAAGGUGCAGAUUUUAGUGAUGCAAACGAUAUAAAAGCAUUGGUAACUGUCAAGAUUCCCGAUUCAAUGAAAGAGUUUUACGCAACGAAUUAUUAUAUUUCACUUGAAGGUUUAAAUAGCACUAUGCCUAGAACAGCAGCCAUGCCAAUAGUUAACGAUUUGAAUCUGAGUGUGAAGAGAAAAUCAGACGCACCAAAGAGAGAAAUUGUUAAUGAUAUAUCUGGAUCUAUAAAAAGAAAGCCAGUCAAUGACAUAUCUGGCUCCAUAAAACGAACGCCUGUAAACGACUUAUCUGGAUCUAUAAAAAGAAAACCUGUCAAUGACAUAUCCGGCUCCGUAAAACGAAAGCCUGUGAAUAUAUCUGCUCCUGUGGAGAAGAUGCCUGUCAAUAAUCUAGCGAAUAAACCGGAGAACACGUCAUCUUACCGUGAAUCAACUCAGGGACACUCCCCUAAAAUCAACGUUAUAAAUAGCUUGAUCAAAAGAAAAUCAAAGAACUAA